GCCCCGCCUGCGCCAUUCCCCUCGCUGACUGGUCAGAAUACAAAAACCAGAUCCGCUUCCCUUUUGCAAAUAAUAGUGCCACGGCAUAUAAUUUGGCCCACCUUCUGUGGGACCGCCUCUCUCUCGCUGCUUUCGCCCUCGUCCGUGCAGGGGAUCCCGGAGCUGGGAGCGGCUCCAGCACAGGUGCUGCCGCAGCGUCCGGGCAGCGGGGACAGCGCGGGACUGAGCUGGCAGCGCCUUCCUGAGCCUCGGUGUCCCGCAGGGCCGGGACCAGCCGGGACCUGUCAUCAUGUCCCUUUCCAUGGGCCAUCCCCGUGGGUGUACAGCUAUUCCCGAGGCCGAUCUCCGAAAGGCUUUUUCGGCACUACUGAUAUGUCAAGAGCACGGGGCUGUUUGUUUCAAGCAGAGAGAUGCCGGCUGUGAGCUGGAGCAGAGUGAAUUCUGCUCCAUCCAUGGGCCUGUGAAGGAGCUCCUGCAUCUCCAGGAGAAACGUGCACCCGGGCUGACACACUUGUCUGGCACGCAAGAAACAACUUGGGAGCAUGCAGUGAGUGAGGCUGUGAAGAAUGGAAUCUGCAGCAGCGAUGGCAGAGUGAGGGAGCCCCUGGAUCCCCAGGGCUCAUCAGCAACCGGCCAUGGGCACAGAAGCAUCCUCAGCAAAUUGCCGGGCAAGAGGUUCAGCUGCCAUCCCGUGCUCAUCUUGGUGCUGAUCCUGCUCCUGGUGCUGGUGCUGGCGUUGGCGGUGGCCUUGGCUGUGCAGUCAGCACCACAGGCUCCAGUUCCACCUGGGACACUGCAGUUGGUUUUGGGCUGUCCCUCUGGCUGGGUUGGAUACAAUGGACUCUGCUACUACUUCUCAAAGGAUUACAGAACCUGGGAUGAGGGUCAGGAGCGGUGCUCGGAGCUCGGGGCCUCCCUGGCCAUUGUCAAGGAUGAGGCAAUGGAUUUGCUCUUCCGCCUCGGCGGGAACGGCGAUUACUGGGUGGGGCUGCGCAGAUGGGGCGAGCACCUGCAGUGGGGGGACGGCAGCAGCUUCAGCUCCUCGGUUCCUGUCCUGGGCAAUUCCGAGUGUGUGUACCUGGCUGAGGAGAAAUUCAGGAGUGUGAUCUGCUCGAAUCCGCACCCGUAUCUCUGCAGCAAGCCCCGAGCUCCCCUGUAACAGGGGCUGGAGAAAAGAGCUUCUCCACGCUAGGCAGUCCCAGCUUCACCUCUCAGCCCAGCUCAGGGCUGUCCUUUCUCAGCUGCACCCUGUGCCUUGCACUUGCUCUCAGGGUCACCUCAGUGCCUGUUCAUCCCCACUGCCAGCGCUGGGCUGGCUGUUCAAAGGAAAAGUUUCUGCAAUCCGUCCUGCCAGCCUGCUAGCUGGAUUGAGCGGAUUGUUCUCAUUGAACAACACGCUCGAAUGGGAAAUUCAGAUUUUCCUGGUCUCUUGGAAAACAUCAGAAUGAUGCCUGAAGGUGAGACUUUUGGUCUGUCAUUGGAAAAGGAAGAAUAGCUGACAUGUGCUGAGGAGGAAUCCCACUUUUGGCAUUAGGCACCUGUGUGUGAAGAAUAGUCUCUCUGUCGGUCUCUCUCUCUCUGUCUGUCUGUUUAUUUAUCUGUCUGUUGCCAAGGAUCUGUCUGCUCUUCUAUGGGAGCAAUCCAGGUUGAAGCUGGAGAAGGAUUUAUCUCCCUGAGUGAGAAGCAGUAACAUGGCCUGAUUGUAAUUCCCGUCCCUCUGUGCCACUGUGUGGGGAGGACAGAGGGAGGGAGAGAAUUGGGAAUAAGAUGAAGCCCCAGAAGCAGAGAAUAGUGCGGGGAAGGCACAUUAUAAGAAUUUUGCAUACUUCUCCUUGCCUUGCUCUGAUUUUCUUGAUAAUAAAUUCAAUGAAUUUUCCCUG